GUAGCUCACCUCGGUCAGGUGCACGUGUCUCAGGUGGCCUGGGAGCGCGAGGCCGCCAUAGCGCGCUCGGCGGGAGGACCGCCGCCUGCUCCCGUGCCCGAGGCGCCGUCGGGACUGCUCGGCUUCGAGCCGAACUGCCCGACCGUCGAGCCGCUGGAGUGCCCAGUGCCACAGGCGGCGGAGGAGCAGGGCACGCUGGCCUGGCCGAGCACACCAGCGGAGAUGGCGGCCGCGCUCGUGCUGCUGCGCCUCGCCGCAGGGGAACAAGAGUUCUGGACUAGGGCCGAGGUCGGCUCCAGCGCUCGCGUGAACUACAGCGACGACGACGGUGACCCCGAGAGGACCCUGGGGCCAGGACCUCGACAGCAGCCAGAUGGAGCGGAGCCUGUCGACGUUGUUAUGAGCUACCUUGCCAUGGGCGCGCGGCGGCUGUGCAAGGUCAAGGGGCGGCCCUCGCUCGACAAUGUGUUGAACUUGGGUAAG